AUGGUACAAACUCUUGAGAAUGCGCAGCAGGUCGAGGCACGGAUCCGGCUGCGCGUCAGCGUCUGUACCUUUGCCCUCGGCUGGGUGCAGUACGUCUUCUGCGAACAUCCCUUUGUGCACAUGUGCUCGCUCGUUGACCCGUCAGCAAGCCUACCGGAUCUGACUGCCCUCGUUCCCAUUCCGGCCAAAGUCCUCGUUCUUAUCUCGUGCCGGCCGACGGAUCGAGUUGCCAUCAGAUGUGCUGGCAUCUUCCUCGUUGUGUACAAUCUGUACGGAGCCGUGGUGGGCUUGCACGACGUACUUGGCGGUGAGUUGUCCGUUGCUCGCGCGGCAAACUGGGACCAAUGCGCCUCAUAUCGUUUCUCGGUGGUGACGACCGAAGCCGUGCUGUGCAUCUAUCAUAGCCUCUUCUACGCCUCGUCAAUGAGGCUCUCAGAGCGGCCGGCACUCAAGCGGUUGUGGCUUGGCUUGCGGUGCUACUACGUCAUCAACGCGCUGUUCAGGCUUCUGCCCAAGUACGCACUUGCAGUGCUCCUCGGCUGCUCCUCCGACGGCCCGUACUUCUCCGUGCGAGCGCUCACGAUCUUCUACGGCUUCGGCAUUCUCGUCUCCCUACCCUUCACCGCCCGGAAUCGCGGCAAGAUUCAACACAUGCUAGGCGGUAUUGGUCUCGACGAACGCGCGAGGCGCGCCGCCGCUGUGGCUGCACUCUUCGGCCGAGAUGGCUUCCGUUCGACGAACAGCCACGUGAUCGACGCGGUCAGCCGUUUCAAGGCUGUGCGACUCUCCGCCCUUUCCACUGAAGUUCUCAGCACCUCGGUGGCGUCGGAGGAACAGCGAGCCCUGCUCCAUUCUUACGCGGAACCUGCCCACCUCGGCGGUGUGGAUGCCUUUGUAUCACACAGCUGGGGUGACGACGCUGAAGCUAAGUACCAAGCACUCGAGCAGUGGGCGCGGGCCUUUGCGUCCACGCACGGGCGGGAUCCUCUUCUGUGGCUCGACAAGGCGUGCAUCGACCAGAGCGACAUCAUUCGCUCGCUGCGCGGCUUGCCCAUCUUUAUCGGCGGCUGCAACCACUUUGUGGUGCUCGCAGGCAACUCCUACAUCACACGGUUGUGGUGCGUCCUCGAAAUCUUCUGCUUUCUCUCGCUCGGCGGCACAGUCGACCGCAUCUCGGUCCUGUACCUGGCUGAGAAUGACGCGUCGUCGACCUGCGGUGAGGGACUCGAUGCGUCCCGCUUCAAGGUGGCGAAGACAGCCUGCGCCUACCCCAAGGACCGUGACCGUAUCUUGGCGGCCAUCGAGGCCGCGUAUGGCUACAACGAUCCGUUCGAACGUCUCACGCUUCCUGCCCACCCGAUGCUCGACCACUCCUCUGUCGGCUACUCUGCGGUCGACUCGCGACGGCGCGAAUCCGCAGGGUGGGUCGUGGCGCUGGUCGCGCUCGCUUCUGGCGUGGCAAUCGGCCUGAUCGCCGCACCAACCGCCCGACCACAGCCACGCGAUAUGUGGAGUGAGCUGCCCGCGGAGGUGCCACACGGCUGGACCAACGUGCAGUGCCCGGCGGGUGAGAUCUUUCGCAACGCGAUGUGGUCGGCUGGCUGCCCUCCUGCCGAUCCUGCCGACGCUCAUGAAGCUGCAGCCUUUCGACUGAUCACCGCAAUGGCGUACCGCACGUACCAGUCGUGGCGCACGUGGUGCGGCGAGGCCGAGUUGCGCCCGCCAGCCGGUCGACCGUACGGCUUCCCCUCCUUCGUCGCACACACCGUCUCCCUCCUCAACCUCUUCGACGGGCUGCAGCUCACGCGCUGCCGCGGCCUCGUGCUGCUCGCCCAGCUCGCGACCAGCCGAACCGCACCGCCUCUCGAGUGGUGGGAGGAGUCCUUCCUGCCCGCCGCCGCGGCCGCCUUCAGCUGCGGCUUUCGCGGCCUCGCGCCGCCGCAGGAGGGGCAGCUGCUCCCGGCGGACAUCCGGGACGUGUUCGGGCAGAGUGAGCUGGUGCAGCGGGUGUGGCGCCUCGUGCAGGGCUACCUCCAGAGCACGCAGAAGCAGCGCGAGCAGCCGAGCCUCAAGUCGCAGGACUUCGACGUCUCGCUCUACGUCCCCUUCCUCCGCCCCGCCCUGCCUCCGCCCUACGCGGCCUCGCACCCGUACAUGAACCGCUCCCUCCUCCGCGUCGGCGUGCCGCACUACCAGGGACCGCCCACGUGGCUGCUGUGGCACACCAUCGCCGCUCGCGCCGCCGAGCUGCAGCGCUCCUGCGACCCGCCGCUCGCUUCCGCCGCCGUGGCGGAGCUGACGACGGCACCCUGCUCACACGCGGAGUUCAAGAGGAUGCUCGCCUUUUACGCGCUGAGCCACCCGUGCCCGCAGUGCCGCGAGCACUUCAUCUCGCGCGCCAAGCUGGCGGCGGUGGCUUGCCGGCGACCCGCUCUGGGCCGCGAGCGACAUCCGAGCGAUGAGCGUGACACGCUUGCACAGGUGGUCGACGGCGACUCGCUCUGUCUGUUUGUGUGGAAGCUGCACAACGCGGUCAACUCGGCGGUGACGUACAACAAGGACUGCCGCGUCGAGGAGAGCUUCGACGAGCCGCCCUUUGGAUGCGAGGGCUUGCCAGUCGGGCAGGGGAUGCAGGACUCGCCUCCGGGACGACCGGCGAUGGGGAGAGCGUGGCCCUUCCUGCGGCGGUACGAGUUUUGGAUGGCGAAGCCGGAGCGGUGGGCCGCCCUGCGGGAGAGCGGGCCAGUCCGCUCCGGCGCUGCGGCGCUCGACGCACUCGACUCGCCGGCCCUCCGCGCGGAGCUGUGGACGGCGGAGGAGAAGGCCUCGCACGCACGCGCGACCGACGAGGCGUCGGGCGCGCGCGUCGCCGACGCCAUCAGCGCGCUGGACCGGGCCGUGCUGCAGAGCGAGGUCCUGCGCACAGAGUAUGGCGUGCCGGAGCCCGUCGGCUGCAGCGAGGCCGCCCGGCAGAUCGGGGCAUGGCGGGAGGCGGAGGAGCCCCUCCCCUUGGGUCCCGACGGGCAGCUGCCCUUCCUCCCGGAAAGCUGCUCGCGGGAGGGGGGGGGAUGA